GAAAAGAAGAAACAACACCACCGUAACUCGGAACCAGAUGAACGAUGAGCGCACGGAGAGGGAGACACAGUAUUGCUGCGUUUCCCACGAGUUCUUCCGAAUUGCGUCUGCGAACCCUAACAAAAUCGCUGUGAUUCAUGCUUCAGGCGUGGCCAACCUUUCCAGAGAACUGCGCCGCGAAAAUGCCUCCUCCCCCAACUUCAAUGGAGACAUUGCCACACUCUUAGAAAAGAGCGUGGAAUCCACGUCCCCGCCACUGUACUAUGGGGACCGUUGCUUCACUUACUCUCAUCUCUUGAACGCCGUUCGUUCCCUCAGCUCUCGCAUCCGCUCUAUCCUGCUUGGUGCGGAUGACCCUCACUUGAUCAGAACCAAACCUCGUGGUAAAAAGGGAAAUGUUCAAACAUCUGAGUCCUCAGAAACUGUUGAGCCUAGUGAAGAGCCAAUGGCUGAUUCAAGUGAAGAGUAUAGGCCAAAGAUAGUGGGAAUGUAUAUGCCUCCUUCUAUUGAAUAUAUUGUUGCUGUUCUUUCUGUGCUGAGGUGCGGGGAAGCCUUCUUGCCUCUGGAUCCUUUUUGGCCAAACGAAAGGAUAUUGUCAGUUGUUUCUUCUUCAAAUGCCGAUCUCAUUAUAGGGUCCCGAUCUUCAUUUGGUAAAAGUAACUUGGACCAGCUUGAUGAAUCCCAUUGGCUGGUUAAGUCAGUUUGUUGUCCUGUUUUGAACUUCUCCAUUGAAGAAAACCUUCGAGAAUGCAGCUGUCCAACAGAUUUGGCAUGGCCUUGUGCCAAUGAAAAGCAGAGAUCAUUCUGUUAUCUGAUGUACACUUCUGGAUCAACUGGAAAGCCUAAAGGAGUGUGCGGCACUGAACAAGGUCUUUCAAAUCGCUUUUUAUGGAUGCAAGGAAAGUAUCCUCUGAACGGACAGGAACUAUUGUUGUUUAAAUCAUCAAUUAGCUUUGUUGACCACCUGCAAGAAUUUCUCAGUGCUAUUUUGACUGCUUGUGUGUUAGUUAUUCCUCCUUUCAGUGAGCUCAAAGAAAAUUUAUAUUCUAUAAUAGAUUUUCUGCAGGCUUAUUUUGUUAAUAGGCUUACGGCUGUUCCAUCACUAAUGAGGACAAUUCUUCCUGGAUUGCAAACUGAUGCUGACAUGCGGGUUAAAGGUUCACUGAAAUUGCUUGUGCUAAGUGGUGAAACUUUUCCUUUGACCUUGUGGGAGAUGCUUUCGACUUUAUUACCAAAGACAUCAAUCUUGAAUUUAUAUGGAAGCACUGAGGUCUCUGGUGACUGUACAUAUUUUGAUUGCAAAAAGAUGCCAUUGGUUUUGAAGGAAAACAAGCUGACUAGUGUUCCAAUAGGUUUACCCAUCACUAACUGUGAUGUGGUGCUUCUUGGUGAAAAUGGAGCAUCAAAUGAGGGAGAGCUAUAUGUUGGUGGUUCUUGCACUUCUAGGGGUUACUAUAAUGAAUCUAGCAUAAUGUCUGAUGCAUUUGUAAAAUUGCCUCGUACUGGAGAUUCUGUUAAUGCUUGCCGAAGCCAAUUAUACUUUAGAACUGGUGAUCUAGCCAAACAAUUACCAAGUGGUGACUUUAUAUUUUUGGGAAGAAAAGACCGCAUUAUAAAAGUCAAUGGACAACGUAUUGCUCUGGAAGAAGUUGAAGAUUUGCUAAGGGAACAUCCAUAUAUAAGUGAUGCGGCUGUAAUUUAUCGAAAUAAUCAAGCGGAGCUUGUGCUCCUGGAAGCUUUUAUAAUAUUAAAGGACAAGGAAAGAUUGGGUGAAUUAUUAAUACCUGCUAUCAGAAGUUGGAUGAUUAACAAACUUCCAUCUAUUGUACUUCCUAACCGUUUCAUCUUUACCGAAUCAUUUCCUGUUUCUUCUAGUGGUAAGGUUAAUUAUGAGUUGUUGGUUGGCUCGGCAUUAUUAACAAAGAAUGUCAAGGAUAAGGUUGGUAACAUUGGCUGCGUCAAUCUUCUGCAACUUAUUAAAAAGGCCUUUCAUGAUGCUUUGAUGGUCGAAAAGGUUUGCAAUGAUGAUGAUUUCUUUAUAAUGGGUGGUAACUCUCUUUCUGCUGCACAUGUUGCUUACAAUUUGGGGAUUGACUUAAGAUUUCUUUACUACUAUCCAAGUCCUUUUAAGCUUUGUAUGGCUCUUCUCCAGAAAAGAGGAUCAUGCCCUUUGCACAACAGGUUCGAUAAUUGUUUGGAAUCAAAUACAGACAGACAAAAUAACCAAUUUUCUUCCAAUCGUACUGAAUAUUCUAUUCCUCUUGAGUCAAGAUUGAUUUCCAAAGGUAAUGAUGAUGAUAAUUCUUUUACAUCUAAGCGCUUAAAGAGCGGUUCUGCAGAUGUUACAUCGGAGGGUGAUGAAACAUUCCCAUGGUAUUCCCCUUCAAUAUUCUUAUCAUCUUCAUUUAGCCGAUGCAACAAGGUGUUGUAUAAAGGGCAGCAUGCAGUAAUUGAUACAAACCAAAUACCUUGGACUGCAAAUGUUCCAAGAGGUAGCAGAGGUCAUAUGAAAGACUUUUGGAAAGUUUACAUGGAAUCUUGUGUUGAUGCUUCACCAGUGCUUGUGUUUAAAGGCUCAGAGAUUUAUUUGUUCAUUGGAUCUCACUCACAUAAAUUUCUCUGCAUAAAUGCCAGAAGUGGUUCUGUCCAGUGGGAGAUCAAACUAGAAGGACGCAUUGAAUGUACAGCAGCAAUUGUUUCUAAUUUUUCUCAGGUGGUUGUUGGAUGCUAUAUGGGAAAAAUAUAUUUUCUUGAUUUUUCAAAUGGACACAUCUGUUGGAGUUUUCAAACAUCUGGGGAGGUAAAAUCACAGCCAAUUGUGGACAAAUGCAGGCAAUUGAUCUGGUGCGGCUCACAUGAUCAUAACUUAUAUGCUCUUGAUUACAAAAAUCAUUGCUGUGUCUAUAAGCUACCCUGUGGAGGCAGUAUAUAUGGCUCACCUGCAAUUGAUGAGGUUCGUGGCUCGCUUUAUGUGGCCUCUACUGGUGGUCGUAUAACAGCUGUAUCAAUAUCGGCUUCUCCCUUUAAUAUAUUGUGGCUCCACGAGUUAGAAGUCCCUGUGUUUGGUUCUCUGGCUGUCACCCAAAAUGGAACAGUAAUAUGUUGCUUGGUAGAUGGCCAUGUGCUUGCAUUGGAUCCGAAUGGAUCCAUUGUUUGGAAAAAAACAACUGAUGGUCCAAUAUUUGCUGGGCCAUGCAUACCUUCUGCUCUUCCUCAUGAGGUGUUUGUAUGCUCCAGAAAUGGAAGUGUGUACUCGUUCAAACAGGAGAAGGGGGAUCUACUUUGGAAAUACAACGUUGGAGAUCCAAUUACUGCAUCUGCUUAUGUUGAUGAGCACUUGCAGCUGGAUUCUGAUGACUCCCAUUCUUCAGACAGAUGCCUUACAAUUUCGUGCAUUAUGUCCCUCAGCACGACAAUUUCCACAUCUGAUAGGUGGCCUUUUUAUAACAGGUGCCGCAACAGUCGGUUCACUCUUGGCAAGAUAUUCAUCAAGGUCAGGAAAUGGUUUAAUAGGAGUUGAAUAUACCUUCAUAUAUGUUUCUGUUGUGAAGCAAAUAUCAACAAAGUCUUCAGGCACCCUUCUCCAAUAUCUGAUUGCUGCAAUACCAUGGAUGCAAGGUAUUCCUGUUAACCUCCAAACUCUACAGCUACAACAUUUUUUUUCAAUAUCAGUGGAGAAUGACUUCCCACGGCAUGUAACUUCAACAACAUUUUGUGAAGAAGGACUGACAACACAAUCUCUUGACAUUGUUUUUAGUUUUUCAAGCCUUUCUUGGAUUUUUGGUGUAAUUGGACCAAUGUAUUGCUCCAUCUUAGUCUUUCUAUCAUACAAACUUUUCAUUAGCUUCUUCCGA